AUGAAUCUUUCCGGCACCUUACCUCCACAAUUGGGGAACCUAUCAUUUCUUGUUUCGCUUGACAUGAGAAACAACAAUUUCCACGGAGAGAUGCCGCAUGCAAUUGCUCGUUUGCGCCGAUUAAAAGUACUUAAUUUGGGCAUCAACAAUCUCAAAGGAGAGUUACCCUGGUGGAUUGGUUCAUUUCCUAAACUUCGUCACUUGAAUCUUGGAAACAAUAGCUUCACUGGUCGUAUCCCAUCUUCCAUCUCUAACUUGUCAAAGCUAGAGACUAUAUAUCUUUCGUUCAACCCUCUGCAAGGAAACAUUCCCACGGGGAUUUUCAAUAUUUCCUCGCUGCAAAUCAUUCACCUUAUGGAUAAUGGCCUAUCCGGAGUUCUUCCAAGUGACAUGUGUUACCGUCUUCCUGGACUGAGUAUCCUUGACCUAUCAAUGAACAAGUUAAAUGGUCAAUUACCAUCAAGUGCUUUAGCCCAGUGUUCAGAACUUCAGGUGCUGUCUUUGUCUUUUUUUUUCUGCAACGGUAGAUUAUGUAUUGAUUGGCAAAAUAUACACUUAUAUGAGCAAAGGCUCAACUAG